UCCUCCUCCGCCCGCGCUCGCGUCAUGGGCGCGAACGCGUCGUCGCUCGAGAGAGACUCGCGCGCGUCCUCCUCGGACGCCUCGAGAACCUCCUCCUCCGCGAAGUCGAAGUCGAUCCGAGGACGGCGCGACUCCAAGAAGGCGCGCGCGCUCGCGAACGCGAUGCGCGCCUCCGCGGCGGUCGCGCGAACGCCGACGCGCUCGCUCCUGAGCGCGGAGGCGCGUCGCGCCGUCGCGUCGUGCUCGCGCUCGAUCGAGUUCGCGGACGGGACGCUCGUGCCCGUGGACGGCGACGACCCGUGGGCGAAGACGCACGACCGCGACGGCAGGGCGCUGUGGCGCGCGGACGCGGGCGCGCUGCGCGCGGGGGACCACGGCCCGCGGCGGAUGGUGGUCGAGAUUCUCGCCGCGCGGAACCUGGAAGGCACGGAUCUCGGCGGCACGUCGGACCCGUACGCGUCCGUAGCGCUCGGAGAAAUCACGCGAAAGACGAGCACGGCGUUUCGCACGUGCGACCCGGCAUGGGGCGAACGGUUCGAAUUCAUCGCCGCGAAAGCGCUCGAGGACGACGAGGUGAUCGUGACGCUGUACGAUGAAGACCUCGUCGGCGCGCACGAUUUUUUAGGGCAGAUCACGAUACCGGUGCGCGCGGUGGACGAAGCGCGGCGCGGCGGCUCAGAACGGCCCUGGGUCGGCGACGACGACGACGGCGAGCCGGACGCGAACUGCUCUCGCGUCCGCGCGCACUGGGUGAAGCUGCAGUCGAAGAGGCCGCCGCCGGAGAGAGACCGCGGGGUGGUGACGCUGGGGUGUUACCUCGAUGCUGACGUGGAAGAGCGGUUACACGUCACGGUCGCGAGCGCGCGCGGGAUCGAAGCCGCUUCGGUGAGACAGAAGACGCCUUCCCGCGCGACAAAAAAAGACUUCCCGCGAGAUGCUUCCCUCUUCGCGCGUCGCGCGUCGCUUCUCGAUGCCUUCUUAACGUGCUUCUCUUCACCCCGUGCUCGGUUUCGGCUUCGACGCUCGACCGACGCGACGCCUUUCGACUGA